CCAGAGGCUUAGACACGCAAAAAAUAAAAGAAAAAAUUCUAUCACUAGAACCGGGAACCUGCCUGCUAGCGUCAUCAAAUUGCGAUACUUCUUUAUGGUUGCAUUGCAAACAAGGAGACAAUAACGAGCAUGAAAGAAAUGGCCGAAACGACGACAGAGGAUGUUUAUGAUGAUGCUUACGAGGAGAAACCGGGCCCGAGUCCUCCAGUGAAAAUCGUAUGGAGAAAUGUUAUAUUAAUGUCUCUUUUGCACCUAGGAGCUCUUUAUGGUCUGAUGAUUCUUCCAUCUGUCUCAUCCUUAACGCUGAUAUGGAUGGGAGUGUGUUUCAUGCUAAGUGCUCUAGGAAUAACCGCUGGCGCCCAUCGCCUUUGGAGCCACAGGUCCUACAAAGCCUCAUUGCCAUUACGAAUCUUCCUAGCAACUGCGAACUCCAUGGCUUUUCAGAAUGAUAUCUAUGAGUGGGCCAGAGACCAUCGUGUCCAUCAUAAGUUUUCCGAGACUCAUGCGGACCCACACAAUGCCCGCAGAGGAUUCUUCUUCGCUCACAUCGGCUGGCUGCUGGUCCGCAAACACCCAGAAGUUAUUGAGAAAGGACGCAAACUGGAGCUCGCUGAUCUAAAAGCGGAUGGGGUUGUAAUGUUUCAGAGGAGGCAUUACAAGUUAUCUGUGGUGGUGAUGUGCUUUUUCGUUCCCACGUUUGUACCUUGGUUCUUUUGGGAAGAGAGUCUUUUGACUAGUUAUUUAGUUCCUUGUCUGUUGAGAUACACUGUGUCCCUUAAUGCGACCUGGCUGGUCAACAGUGCAGCUCACAUGUGGGGAAUGAGGCCUUAUGACCACAACAUCAAUCCCAGAGAGAACAAGUUUGUUGCCUUCAGUGCCAUCGGUGAAGGAUUUCACAACUAUCAUCACACAUUCCCCCAUGAUUAUGCUGCAAGUGAGUUUGGCAGUCGGCUGAAUUUUACCAAGGCGUUUAUAGAUCUCAUGUUUUUCUUUGGACUGGCCAAGGAUUGCAGGAGGGUAACUCAUGAGACCAUCAUGGCCCGCGUUCAACGCACUGGUGAUGGCAGCCACAAUAGUGGUUGAUUUGUUCAGUACAUAUGACAAAAAACAAAAAACAAACAAACAAACAAAAAAAGUAAUAAGGCAACAAAAGCAUUUACAGCAUUUCUUAGUGUGCAAUGAAGAUUGAUCUAUAUACACUCUCAUAUGAAAUAAGAAACUCUAGAGUGUGUUGGACUAAUAUGUGUUCUUAAGAAUUCUUUCCUUUUCAUGACAUGUAUUAGACUGUGGGAGAUUAUUUUCAGAGAUGGUAAAGGCCAUAGAUUGAGAGGAUAAUUGUGUCUCAGUCUGCCUCAAGAGGCAAGAGAUGGUACUUCACUAGUUAAACAGACAUGUGCCU